CACACCACGGAGUGGAUUGGCGAAAUUCACCAAAAAUCUGAGGUGUUCGUGCCCCUCCAUCAAACCCAUCAUCACGACCUUUGCGGCGAGUCACUUUUCUGCCCUCUCCGACCGAACCCUCGUCCGACCGAUCUUUACCGACUCCCUCUUCUCAAAGACAUCACCCAAUAUGGAGGACGUUCUCAACGCCGUCUCGGCCGACGGCUCGUCGAUCAUGCCCCGCCUUGCGCCGCACCUGAGCCGACAUCUUCUCUUUCCUCUGAUCCAGUUCGAGAGUGAGAGAGCCGAGGAGCAGGGCCAGGAUGCCAAGGCAAAGGAGAUUCUUUCCGGAAAGAUUAAACUCCUCGAGGACACAAACAUGACCGAUUACGUUGCGACUCUCUACUGCGAGCUUCAUGGUGUAUCAGAGGCCCCCGAGCAGUACAACAAGAAGAGACAGGAUGUGCUUUCACAGCUGGAGAACUACGAGCAAGCUACCGCCAAGAUCGCCGAUCUCCUGACUCAGGACGAGGUCGUUAACGGUCUCCGAAGCGACAAGGUUGCCAACUUGGAGUUCCUCAAGAACCAGCACGGAGUCACCAUGGAAAUGGUCAACGCGCUCUACGACUUUGGUCAGUUUCAGUUCCGAUGCGGCCAAUACGGUCCCGCUGCCGAUAUGCUCUACCAAUUCCGAGUCCUGUCCACCGAUAAUGAUAAGGUCUCUGCUGCCACCUGGGGCAAGCUUGCCUCCGAGAUCCUCCAGACCAACUGGGAGUCUGCUGUCGACGAACUCAAGAACGUUAGGGAAAACAUUGAUUCUAAGCUCUUCAACAACCCCCGUGCCCAACUCGACCACCGAACGAUGUUGCUCCACUGGUCUCUUUUCCCUCUCUUCAACUGGGAGGGUGCUCGGGAACCUAUCUUGGACAUGUUCUUUUCCGCACCUUACAUCAACACCAUCCAAACCUCUUGCCCCUGGAUCCUGCGAUAUCUGAUUGCUGCCGUUAUCACCGGCCGUGGCCGUGCUCGCAACAGCUCCAUCCAACAAAAGCAGAUCAAGGACAUUAUCCGUUAUGUCCGACAAGAAGCUUACGAGUACACCGACCCUAUCACACAGUUUGUCAACGCCCUCUACAUCGCCCACGACUUCGAGGCUGCCCGCGAGGCUCUCUCCAUGGCCGCCGAGGUCUGCCGCAGCGACUUCUUCCUUGCUUCUUCCGCCGAUGCCUUUGUCGAUGCUGCCCGACACCUGAUCUGUGAGAGCUAUUGCAAGAUCUUCAGCCGAAUGAACAUCCGCGAUCUUAGCGCCAAGCUCGGCCUGAACCCCGACGAUGGUGAGAAGUGGAUUGUCAACUUGAUCCGUGAAACUCGAUUGGACGCCAAGAUCGACAGUCAAGAUGGCACCGUUGUGAUGAACCACCCUCCUAACAACGUCUACCAGCAAGUUAUUGAGAAGACCAAGGGUGGCUUCUUCAGGACACAAGUCCUCAACGCUGCUGUUUCAAAGUAGAGACCAUAGCUAGUUUCGAAUGAUCUUUUUAUAUGACUGUUUUCUUUUAUGCAACGGCUCAAAAGGCGCGAUGCAAUUCAAAGCGAGGGGCAAGAUACCUUGACCAGAGGAUUGCGCCCUCCGCUACUGGGAGAAACAAGACGCAGCCCCUUUUGUUUAGGAGGAGGCCGGUCUUUGCAGAGGAUGAGCAGGAUAAAGCAAUGCAUAAGACGGGGAGACAAAGAUAGAGCGGCGAGGCAAAAAUGACAAACACGGGCCAAAUGGAAGAAGUGGCGGUUUUAGAGGCCCUGUAUAUCCCCGGUGAUGCGGUUUGCAUUGCAUGGCGUUCUCGGAAAAGGGAAGAGGCAAUGGGGAUAAUGAAAUUUAAGUUGAUUGUUGAAAUGAAAGCAAGCACUCCCAUCAGCUGGGAUGUAUUAUUUCUGUGAAGACUUUCAUAAAUGGUUUAAAGCCAUGAAGCUCUCCUUAUUACGAGCUAGAUUUUUUUCUAUCGUUAUUCUCGUAGCUCAUCACCCCAUCUGUUGUUUUCCUCUCCAAUGUCCUGCCCACAG